GGAGUGGCCUGUAGAGAAGAACUAGCUUUGAGGAAGUGUUGGUUUAUAGAGAACCGAGGGAGGUUCCGACAUGGCAGACGAGACCCUGUUUGAGCUCUUGCACAUGGAGAUGGUUUCUCAUGUAUACGAGCACGUGGAGGAGGAUGAAGAGGAUCAUGGGAAACACACACGUGUCUUAGAGGGUAUGGGGUUUCGUGUGGGCCAAGGACUUAUCGAAAGGUUGACCAAGGAUAGCCCAUCUUUCAAAGAUGAUCUGGAAGUUGUGAAGUUUGUUUGUAAGGAUUUUUGGACAAUUCUCUUUAAGAAACAAAUUGAUAAUCUACGAACAAACCAUCAGGGUACCUAUGUUCUACAAGACAACAGGUUUAUGCUACUGACACAACUUUCCUCAAGUAAACAAUAUUUGGAGGAAGCACCAAAGUUCUUACCCUACACCUGUGGUCUUAUUAAAGGAGCACUCUCAAAUUUAGGGAUUAGUUGUACAGUUUCAGCAGAGGUUGUUGUAAUGCCAGCCUGUAAAUUCCAAGUUGUUAUUUCAAGGACAUAGUUGGACUAAAGAAGAGGACUUUUUGCUUUUUCUGGGAGUACAAAUAUAUCUAGGAUGGAAAGCAAUAAUAUGGGCUAUGCAAUAUUUUAGAUUUAAGGAGUGUUAUUUUAAGAGGGGACAUGCUGCCUUGAUUUCUAACUUAUUGACUCAUUGCUGAAGACCCCCAGCCUGCUCUGAAUCAACAUAUACCCCUACCUCUUCAAACCUUACUGCCGGGUUUGCUACCUAAUGGCAGUGCAGGGGGAUUAACAGCUGCCAUGUGACUUCUGCCUGGACUCCACAUAUCAAUAGUCUUUUAGUGCACAUGCAUCUGCCUAUCUGUGGUCUUGGCCCAGGGUCAGCAAUCUGCACAGUCCAGGCUGGAAAUGAAAUUGACAUGCCACUAAGCCUGCUGUGAUUUGGAUAGGCAAAACCAGCAAACAGUUAUGUUUGGAGGAGGUGGAUUCAUGGGAUUGGAAAAUAAGCUUGAAGUCAACAAGUUAAAAUGAGGGGGGUUUCCUGCUUAAAAUGUUUUAAUUUAAUUAACAAUUACCCAAUUUGGGGAUAAACCUCAGGAAUUUUCACUAUACAAGCAGAAACAUGAGUAUCAGGCAUAAAAUUUCAGAUUCUCUAAUCUGUAAACAAAUAGAAAGUUGGAUUAUAACUCUUAAUGGGUAUGUUUUUAGGAGUUAGGCAGGUACUCAUGUAAUCUAAUGUGAACAGGAGUGAGAAAAGCAAAAACAGUUUAUUAGUAAGGUACAUAAAAUCAGCCUCUUAUAUUGUUUCUUUGGGGAAAAAAAUAAGUUCAAAUGUAUAAUAUGGUAGUAUGAAGCAUGUGACCUAAAGCUGAUGCCUGACUUACCUUUUUAGUUACCAACAUGCUUCUGCCUUCACUUCUGUUGGGGACAAAUAAUAACCCUGUAAAAGACAAUAACCACUAUUCUUGUAUACUGUUAUUUAAUGUGGUUUACUAAGCUAGCAAAAAGGAUUGACAGUAAGGCUGCCACUUCUCUAUAGUGUUUUUCUGUACAUUAUUUUUAUACUAAAUAUUGACUGCUGUGGAGUUCAUGUAUUCUUGCUGUAUUGCAUUAUAUGUGUAUGAGUGGGCUAUUGUACUGUGGGUAAAAACUGGCUUGGCCAUUAUAUAUGGAAGCAUCAUUUUGAACAAUAAUAUGAACAGGGUUUAAAACUUUUAAGCCUUGUGAGUGGAGAUUAUCUUUGCGUCACUGGGAAAAAAUAAAUAAAUACAUACAUACAUGUA